AUGUAUGUGGAUCUUGGUCUGAAAUGUAUUGACUGGAAAUUACAGAUUCAGAAUGGAAAAGAAAUGCAUCGGACUGCCUUUGUACCUGAUGAAUAUUGGCAGUCAUUAGAAGUUGCACACAGUAUUGUUUUCCAUUAUGGUAACAUAACAUGGGAAUGGCAAGAAGGGCUGAGAAGUUAUAUUUAUCCUUCUAUAUUUGCUGUGUUGUACAAGGUUCUACAAUUUUUUGAAAUGGAUACACUUCAUAUGAUGGUCAUGGCUCCAAGAUUUCUGCAGGCAUGCAUCAGUAUUGUAUCUGAUGCAUACUUUUGUAAUUGGGUGUCCAGAGAAGUCCCAGGAGCUGGUGGUCUUGCAAUAUUUGCUGUAUCCUCUGCAUGGUUUUGGUUAUUUUGCUCAACCAGGACAUUGAUUAAUACGAUAGAAACAUCACUUUCUGUUAUUGCAUUAUAUUACUACCCCUGGCCAGAGGAGAAAAGCAAGAGUAAGAAAAACAACUUGAGAUUACCAGAAAAUUUGCUGGAAGCAAGGAGCUCGGCACCAUUUUUGGCCCUGGUGGGCAUUGCUGGUAUAAUUCGGCCAACAGCUGUAAUUCCAUGGAUUCCAUUGUGCCUUUGUCACAUUAUAACAUCACCCCAUAACAUUCAGCGUACUGUUGUGAAUUAUUUACUAGUAGGAUUAUUGUGCUUAAGUGUGUUGUUGACAGUGGACUGUUAUUUUUAUGAACAAAUUAUCUUCACACCAAUCAACUUUUUGUUUGUAAAUGUUGUUAAAAAUGUGUCCAAUUUUUAUGGAACACAUCCCACACAUUGGUACCUGUCUAGUGCCUUGCCAACUGUCUUUGGCCUGCAUCUGAUUCCGUGUGUGCUAGGGUGCAUCAAGAGUUUUUCACGCUCAGAUAUGCCUGUUAAAAUUAUCAAACUCCUUGCAGUGUCUAUGUUGUUUACUAUAGGAGUAUACAGUAUGUAUUCUUUGAGAAAAUCACAAGAAAACCUCACCUUCACCUCCCAAAACACUGUCAACAUAACUUUUCCAUUGAUGCUCCCAGAAAGGUGUUUGUCAGUCAUUUCCUCCCUCACAAGGAGUUCCGAUUCAUUCUCCCUUUGUUACCAAUGGCUCUAUUUAUAUCCAUCAGCUGGUUUUUCCACUUUCAGAAAACGAGUCGUGCUACAUUUUAUAUUUUUAUUGGCCUCUGUCAUUCCGUGUCUUUAUCUGGGCUUAUUUCAUCAACGGGGAACCCUGGAUGUGAUGCAAGAUCUGGCUCAAGAUGCUGUGGAUAAUCCUCUUCACACCGAUUUGUUGUUCCUUAUGCCUUGCCAUUCAACUCCCCUUUACAGUCAUCUUCACGUCAACGUGUCUACGCGCUACUUAACUUGUGAUCCUCGUGAUUUAUUUCAUUCCAAUUUACUUCAAGAUGAAGCAGAUGAAUUUUACCAUGAUCCUAUUGCUUGGUUGGAAAAGAAUUUAAAUUCGUUGCCAAGUCACAUCAUCAUGUUUGAUGUCCUUUACCAUCAGGUAGCGGAAUUCUUAAAUUCCAGAUCCUACAAAGUAUUUAAUUGCUAUCAUCAUGCUCAUUUUGCCGAAGGACGAGUUGGUCAAGUGCUGUAUGUUCUUAAACAAGGAUCAAGGUAAACCUUCAAGGCCCUUCCACAAUGCAAACAUAAACAUAAGCGUCUACAUGAAAGUUAGGACUAUGUAAGCAGACUCAUUCACAAAGCGUUCGCAUAAGUAUAACACGUACAUUAAAAGCUUGCAAGCUUCGAGCUUCUGUGCUUAUGCUUAAGUAAGACAUAAGAAAUGAACUAAUCACAGUACACAGUCAAAAUCUAGUAUCAAAAUAGGAUCAAAGUCAAUAGACAAACUGAUGCCAUGUAUCAUGGGCCAUGGACACAGUCAAUACCUCGAAAUCAAUUCUCGCAUUCCAACCAAUAGAAAACUUGAGGAUCUCUCAGCCAAAAGAAAUUCUUAUUGUGCUUAUGUUUGUGUUAGACAUUGUGAAUACUUCAGCAAAUCACUUAUGUUAAUGUUUAUGUCUAUGUGUUAUGCUAAUGUUUAUGUAUGCAUUGUGAAUGGGCCAUCAUUAUCAUGAACGUUUGGGUAAAUUCUGUGAAGAACAAGUAUCGUUUUCACCCAGGAAACUCUAACCCUAAGGUUUACAUGAUAGAUUUAUCAUGUUUCAAUGAGUUAAAUAUUAAGUUGUUUAACAUUUCUAUUGCCAAUGAAUUGUGCAUGACCUUGCUACCUUUUCAUUUAUAAACAUUGUUCUUAUCUGGCUAGUAUAUUCUAGUAUACUCAUGAUUUUUUAAAACUGAUUGAAAGGCAGUUUUUUUAUUAUUUAUUUUGUUACUAUGCAGUACCUUAUUUGUGACUUAUCAUACAUGAUUGUAAUUGUAUGUA